AUGUCGUCUCGAUGGCUGCCAGACUAUGUGCUAUGCCGCAGCAAAGAUGCUACAAGCUACAGUUCCACUCGCGGAAGGCUAUCAAAUCCGUUUGACUUGGUCACUGAGGAUGCGUCAAUCGCGUCUAUCCAGCGGAAAAGCCGUCACCUCUCAGAGGUGGUUGCUGUCUGCAAAAACAUACCCAAGAAGUUCCGUGGUUUCGUGGAGAAUGUGGGUUCAGAGUUUGUUUUAAAGUCAUCAUUGACUCAGCUUGGUGUCAACGCUGAGGACACCCAGAUCAUUCUUGACAAGGAUAUUUUUCGGGCUGAAAUCCGCUUGAAGCUGGUGGCUCUGUCACCCCUUGCAGUGCUGAUGCUGGAUUAUAUUGGUGAGGGGGCUUAUAUUGGAAAGCUCUUUGCAAGGGAAGAGGUCCGCAAAGUGCGGGACAUGAGUUACAUAAACCGUCUGUUGCACAUGCAUGAUCAGGGAGGUGAGCAGCUUCUCACCUACGGCGAUUCUCUGGAGCCAAAUUGGGAAUUGAAAAUCGUGGAGGGCCGCGUGAUUGCAUUCUUACCUGUUCUGGAGGGUACCUACACGUACAAUGGUGAGAUACAUGGUCUCCUUCCAACGAUUGGCGCGGCUCUUAAAAACCGUACCAAGUAUAAGGAUAUCCUCCGCCUUCACCAAGACUUCAAUGAGAAACACACACGUAUUGCGCCACCCAACGGGGUUCUAAUGGUGCGUGGCUACGCAAUGCACCUGCGGACAAUGUUUGGGCGUGUUGUGGACGAGCUACUUCCUCCGGGUCUUAAGUCUAUGAGUUCCCGCGUUAUUGAACCUGAUUCUGGUUUAACCCAGAAGCUAAAGAAGCGCACUUUUGUCUUCUUUGGGGAGUCUUCUGAAGAACUUACGCACGUCCCAAUUGAAUUUUUCACGUUGGAAGCUUACCGUGAAAAUCUGCCCUUUUUACUUCGUAAAACGCUUUCGCAGCGAUGCGUGUGCAAGGCUGAUGUACUCCGAGUUUUUAAAACGGCGCCAAAGGGUAAUAUGUGUUGCUGCACAUACGUCAGCAAAGGCGGCCAAUUCAACGAACUGACGCCGGAUGACUGGGUCACGGCAGACCCAAAGUUGCUACCCUAUGUGGGAUAUGAUAAUCCUGAGCAGCAGCAGAAACUAGCAGAACAAGCCGUGUACCAGGAAUGUGAAUACAGCAUUCUCUCGGCUAUUGCAGCUGGCGAUAUUACAAGUGACGGCGUUUUGCUAACUCGAUUUUUUCCAUCCCCGUGUUUGAAGUCGUUGAUUCUAUCUUGUGCUGUUGGGAGGAAGGUCCGCGCUGUCUUUUUCACACAGGCUUCGCGGCAUCACAAGGAGUUCUUCAGUCAAGAUGACAGUGGCCUUCUGUGCGAUAUGAACACAUUUGGUAUUGCGGCUUUCUACGUUGAUGAAGCUCGUGGAGAUAUUUUCCAGUUUAUCCGACGUCAUGACCGUGACGCUGGGGUGUUUGUGCCUAUUGAGCGGAGGCAGGAGUACGUCCUCGCCACAUUCUUUGGCGUGUAUGGCUCCAACCUUAUCGAGGGAGAUUUCGAAGCAGAACUGAUACUUCUACUGAAUGGUAUAUUGCAGCUGAAGCGGACGUGCAAUCAUCCGUUGCUGAACCCAAAGAAGACACUGGCCCUUGUUACCGGUGGAGGUCCUGGUGCGAUGGAAGUGGGCAAUCGGGUUGCCAAGUCACUCGGCAUAUUGUCGUGCGGUUUGUUUGUCGACUUUGGCACACUCGCGCAAAAGCCCGGUUCAACCCUCAAUGAACAGACAAAGAACCCAUACGUUGAAGCAUUCAUGACGUACCGCUCGAACAAACUGGUGGAGCGUCAGUCGGACUUCAACCUCGAUCUCCCUAUUUUCCUGACGGGAGGCAUUGGCACUGAUUUCGAGUACGCGCUGGAGGAGGUGCGCCGAAAGGUGGGUGCUGUGCCACCGAACCCCAUUAUCCUCUUUGGCAGCAUAUCGCACUACACGGGCAAAAUCACAGGACGCUACCAGGAGAAUCUUCGAAAUGGAACCAUCAAGGGAUCAGAAUGGAUUUGUACCAUCCCUUGGCUCGUAUCAUCAGGGCGAGAGGCUCUGGAAGUAUACAGGCGGUUCUUUAAUGGACAACUUCCGGUUGGCCCAGGAUAUCCUCUUAACGAUCGGGGGUUCGUUAUUGCGUCGGAAUAUCUGGCGAAUCACCCCAUGUAG